AAUCAAUUAAUUAUUAAUUAAUGUCAGAGACUUAUACAAAUCACAAUAGCUGCUAGCCUGUUACUGCAGGCCUCUCUCUCUCUGUCCUCUCCCCAGCCCGCCUCCGCUUCUCGCCGGACUCCGGCCGCCGCCCGCAACCUGUGCCUAGGGCUCCCGCUUCCGCCACACCUGCGCACUCGGCCCCGGAGACGGCUCCUUGACGAGAGGCCUGUGGGAGGAGUUGCAGCUGGGACGCCCGGUCGGACUUGCGUCUCCGCAGCUGGGAGAUGCUCAGCUCGUCGGCGUCCAGGAGGGACGCCGCGAGGAGCGGCGCGGAGCUCCCUCGGCCGCACGCGGUGGCAGGGAUGGCGCGGAGCGGGGAGCUGCCCAAGGGCGCCCCCUCCGCGACGGCCCCUGAUGCGGUGCGGUGCGAGGGAUGGAUGGUGCGCCACGGCCGGAGGAAGAUCGGGAGGUCCUUCUUCCACACGCGCUACUUCGUCCUCGACAACGGCGUGCUCGCGUACUACAAGAAGAAGCCGAGGGACCACAUGAUCCCACUCAAGUCAAUUAUUAUUGAUGGAAAUUGCAGAGUGGAGGAUAGAGGGCUUAAAACACAUCAUGGUCAAAUGAUUUAUUUGCUAUGCAUUUACAACAAGAAAGAAAAGGAGAACCAAAUCACGAUGGGUGGAUACGAUAUUGAAGAUGCCCUAGCCUGGAAGAGGAAGAUAGAGCUUCUGAUUGAUCAGGAUACUACGACAGCUAAAAACCAUAAAGCUUUUGCUUCGUUGGACUUUGAUAUAGAUCUUGGAGGACCAUUUUCGUUCUCUGACCAUGACAGCGGACCCGAAGAUGAAGAAGAGCCCCGACCCACCUUGCUUCGCAGGACAACUAUAGGGAAUGGCCCUCCUGAUUCUGUACUUGAUUGGACCAAAGAGGCUGACAGUGGGCUGUCAAAUCAGAAUGCCACCAGUCAGGCUUACUCCAGAAAGAACUGGAGGCUUCUUAGAUGCCAGAAUGGAUUGCGCAUCUUUGAAGAACUUGUGGAGGUUGAAUACCUUGCAAGAAGCUAUAGUCGAGCAAUGAGGGCUGUAGGAGUGGUGGAAGCCUCAUGCGAGGCCAUUUUUGGGCUUGUAAUGAGCAUGGAUGCAUCACGAUAUGAAUGGGAUUGUAGCUUCCAAUAUGGGAGUUUAGUUGAAGAGGUCGAUGGUCAUACUGCAAUACUGUACCAUCGUCUACAACUGAACUGGUUUUCAAUGUUGGUCUGGCCACGAGAUCUUUGUUAUGUACGCUAUUGGCGGCGCAACGAUGAUGGAAGCUAUGUUGUGCUGUUUCGAUCUACCGAAAAUCAGAACUGUGGGCCUCAACCAGGAUUUGUGAGAGCUUCUAUCGAAAGUGGAGGUUUCAAGAUUUCCCCUCUCAAAAGCCUCAAUGGGAGGCCCCGCACUCAAGUUCAACACCUUAUGCAGAUUGAUGUUAGGGGAUGGGGCGUGAACUAUUUACCAUCAUUCCAGUACUACUCUUUGCUGCAGAUGCUGAACUGUGUUGCUGGAUUGCGUGAAUAUUUUUCGCAAACAGAUGAAAUUCAUACAGUUCCAAGGAUUCCGGUGAUGCAUACCAUGGUUAAUGCGGCCUCAAUGAAAAAGGACCAAAACCUUCAAGAACCAGACUCGAAGACCAAACAAGCUGAUAACAAACAUUUGGAUAUGGUAGAUGAAGAGUCGGAAGAUGAUGAUGACUAUCAAGUUCCUGAUGCUGAUGUGGAGGAAGAACCUACCAAAUCUGACAGUGAUGCUAAGAACUCAGACCCAAUAGAUUUGUCUUGGUUUUCGGGCAUUAUUCGUCAGGAUACAAAUGAGAAAAGUCGUAACUGUUGGGCAGUGCCUGAUAGCAAGAUCUUUAAAGUUCGUAGCAAGAACUUUCCACAUGACAAAUCAAAGGUACCAGCAGGUAAGUAUCUAAUGGAGCUCGUAGCAGUUGACUGGUUUAAGGACGCCAAGCGCAUGGAUCAUGUCGCUAGGCGGAAAGGAUCUGCGGUUCAGGUUGCCGCUGAGAAGGGAAUGUUCACUUUCCUGGUAAACAUACAAAUUCCUGGACCAAGUCAUUACAGCUUGGUCCUUUAUUUUGUCUCAAACUCCUUGAAGAAAGGAUCGCUGUUGCAGCGUUUUGCCGAUGGUGAUGAUGAUUUUAGAAACAGCAGACUGAAGCUUAUCCCAUCUGUUCCAAAGGGGUCUUGGAUAGUGCGGCAAAGUGUUGGAAGCACACCUUGCUUGCUGGGGAAAGCCGUGGACUGCAGCUAUUUGCGUGGUCCUGACUACUUAGAAGUGGAUGUAGAUAUCGGUUCGUCCGCGGUAGCCAACGGGGUCCUGGGCUUGGUGUUUGGCGUUGUUACCACCUUGGUAGUCGACAUGGCGUUUCUUAUACAGGCAAACACGUACGACGAGCUCCCAGAGCAGCUCCUAGGCGCUGCGCGGCUGUCACACAUCGAACCUUCUGCGGCCGUGUAUCCUGUCCUUGACAACAUUUCCUGAACGGGACGGACAAAUCAACCUGUGCAGAUUCUUUCGUUCUUUCCGUCCGCCCCGCCACAAAAAGGCUCUCCCAAUUUGUUCAGCCACUGCAGCAUUGUGCAGCUCGAUACAUUUGAGGUUCAGACAGACAGACUGCAGCAGUCCACAAGUGCCUUGUACCCUUCAUACAGUUUUGCCAUUUUUUUAGGUCUUUUCUUUUACAUUUUACUUUACUCGGUGUAGUUUGAGCUUCCUACAGAUAUUGUAAUGCAAUAGACACAUCAAAGUGAGAUAUACAGAUACAGCAUGGUUCAGAAACAA